CCCCGCGUAAGUCAACGAUAGCGGCGCCAAUAAAAACCGAGAGGCGUGUCAACGAUGGUCAAAGCUGCGGACGCCAAAACACACCCGUCGUCCGGUUCACCGUUUGUCCUCUAGACGGUACUUCAGAACCCAAAUAUGGCUACUGCACAACUACUGCCGCAGCCGCUGCUCGACCCUUCGGAGCUGCUGAGACCGGAGCCUCUACACGCAGGGAAGCCGGUCUCGCAGUUCCGCGACUACACCAUCGACGAGAGUGACCCCAUCAAGGAGCGCGUGCGCAGGCUCUACCACGUCAUGCACACUCACCAGACCGUGGACUUCGUCAGGAGCCGACACGAGAAGUGGCUCAAAUUCGACAAGUUCCAGGCCCCAAUUCUGGACGCUUUGGAGCAGCUUAACCGCCUCGUGGACGAGAGUGACCCUGACGUCGACGUGCCGAACAUUGUGCACGCCUACCAGACUGCUGAGCGCAUUCGCGCAGACCACCCCGACUGCGACUGGUUCCACCUCACGGGGCUCAUACACGACUUGGGCAAGCUUAUGGCGUUCUACGAUGAGCCUCAGUGGGCCGUCGUAGGCGAUACUUUCCCAGUGGGCUGCGCCUGGGUCGACUCCAUCGUCUACAGGGACACCAGCUUCGUCGACAACCCGGACGGCAAGGAUCCACGUUACAACACUAAAUACGGAAUCUACACACCAAACUGUGGCCUUGACAAUCUCCUGAUGUCGUGGGGCCACGACGAGUACAUGUACCACGCACUGAGGCACAACGGUUCCAAGCUGCCAGAGAUCGCACACAAGAUCAUCCGCUUCCACUCGUUCUACCCGUGGCACUCCGGUGGUGAUUACACGCACCUCUGCAACGAGAAGGAUGUCGAAACCCUUAAGUGGGUCAGAGAGUUCAACAAGUAUGACCUUUACACGAAAAGCGACGAGACGCCAGACAUUGAGGCGCUGAAGCCGUACUACCAGAGCCUGAUUGACAAGUACCUGCCUGGAACGCUCAGCUGGUAGGCAACUUCCACCAACUGUUGAAGCUCCAACCUCCCAUGGGAACGGGCGUCACUGCCUGAGUCUCCAAAUGCGAAAUUCGUGUUCUUCAGGUGCACGUCACCUAACUGCGACUGCUGGACGUAGAAUGUUGCUGUACACUGGUAUUAUGUUGUAGCUUGUUAGUAAGAAGUGUCAACAAUUCACUACAUACCGAACAAUAUACUUGUAAAUAAGA